AUGAUGGAUUCUUCACUUACGGAGAUUGACUGUGCAGAGCCAACACUACCAGCCAGUCUGAUCCCAUCCAGUGAUCGCUUAACUUCACCCCAAGAAGUUCUCGCAUCCUCUUUGGAAAGCACUGCACCAGUAACGGGCUGCCUUGUUAUGGAGGACAAAUCACCCAAGUGCUCAUGUGAAAAAGAGGAAGAUGUGCCAACUUCCGUAGCAACGGACAAAAACAACGAUAAGGAUCCGUCUGGUCCUGUAUCAGGAGCGGGUCUGACCGAGAAGGAAUUCUGCCCCAUGAUGAAAGAACACAAAACCGCAUUUCAAAACAUUUUAAAGCAAGACCUGGAGGUGGACCAGGAAAAGAAAAAUAAUAAAGAGCAGAGUGAGGAAGCACCAGCUGUGGUUCCCAGUAGGAAAGGGAGUUCACCCACUGCAGGUGGCAUUAAAGCAGAUAAAACAAAGCAAAAUGAGCCUGACUCUCCUAAUGAGAAAGAAGUGGAGGCUGAAUUUCUGAGGUUGUCUUUAGGUUUUAAAUGUGACUUGUUUACCUUGGACAAGAGAGUGAGGCUUGAAGAAAGGUCCCGAGACUUGGCUGAAGAAAACUUGAAAAAGGAGAUCACAAAUGCUCUAAAGAUGUUAGAGGCUUUAGCUCCUUUGUGUGAAGAAGAUAACCAAGCGCAAGAGAUUAUUAAGAAGUUGCAGAAAAGCUUGCAGUUCCUUAGCCAGUAUGCAGCCCGAGUUGCCAGUAGAGCAGAGAUGUUGGGAGCUAUUAAUCAGGAGAGCCGUGUCAGCAAGGCUGUGGAAGUAAUGAUUCAACACGUGGAAAACCUGAAGCGCAUGUACACAAAAGAACAUGCAGAACUUGAGGAGCUGAAACAGGUCCUGCUCCAGAAUGAGAGAUCCUUUAGUUCUCUUGGAGAUCGAGAUGAAUCUACAAAUAAAAAGCUACCAAAUUCUUUUAACUUUAAGCCAUCAUCAUCCCUUCGAAGAGUUAGCAUCGCAACGUUGCCCAGGAGUGCUGCAAAUGCAGGCAUUGGGUUGCCACUGGCCCAAUUCCAUGAACCUGACGGAGAUGAACGGAGUGAUAAAUUCGGCAGGAGAUCAAGCAGUUGGGGACGACUGGGAGCAAAGCAAAAUGAGAAGCGUCCUUCACUACAGCGGUUCAUUAGCACAUAUUCCUGGGCAGAGGACGAAGACAAAUGUGCUGAAACAAAAAAUGAGCAGUUGGAAUCACCUGCUGAAGUACAAGAAGAACCAUCAAACAAGGAAAGUAUCUCUGAAAAAGGAAAAUGUUCAUCAAAAUGGAGCCUAGAGUCAGCGUGCAAUUUAAUGUCAUCGUUGGCAUCCCACUUCAAGACUUCCUUUUCCAACGCUAACAAAACUCUCUGGGUUUCUGUUUCCAUCCUGGUACUGCUUGCUGCUCUUACAAGCUUCCUCACUGGGCUGUCUCUUCAAAGACCAGCAGACGCAGCACCUGUAGGAACUGGGGACUCCUGGACCUCACUACAGCAACUGUUGUGGCCAUAUACAGGACUUCAACACAAUGGACCACCCCCAGUAUAA